AUGCUACAGGGGUUCGAAUGGCACGGCCUAGAUGACCAGGGACAUUGGAAACGUCUUCAAAACUCAUUAUUGGAUCUAAAAUCCAUCGGUGUUGACAACAUCUGGAUACCACCGGGGUGUAAAGCCAUGAACCCCUCCGGCAAUGGCUAUGAUAUCUAUGAUCUAUACGACCUGGGAGAGUUUGAUCAGAAGGGGUCACGACCUACAAAAUGGGGUAGCAAGGCAGAACUCCAAUCGCUAGCUUCCUCUGCGCGGAAUCUCGGCAUUGGGAUCUACUGGGAUGCGGUCCUUAACCACAAGGCUGGAGCAGAUUAUCCGGAACGAUUUCCAGCGGUCAAAGUGGACCCGAAAGCUUGGAGAAAAGAGCGCAAUAUCGAAAUCUCCACUGCAAAAGAAAUUGAAGGCUGGACAGGAUUCAAUUUUCCUGGUCGCGACAGCAUGUAUAGUUCCAUGAGAUAUCGUUGGCACCAUUUCAGCGGUGUUGACCGGGAUGAAGCUCGGAAGCAAAAUGCAAUAUACAAGGUUGCGAACAAAAGAUGGUCCGAGGACGUUGCGCAUGAGAAGGGAAAUUAUGACUAUCUCAUGUUCGCCGACUUAGACUAUUCCAACACAGAAGUCCAGAAAGACGUUCUUCGGUGGGGAGAAUGGAUAGGAAGCCAACUACCUCUCAGUGGUAUGAGGUUGGAUGCGUGCAAGCAUUACUCGGCUGAUUUCCAGAAAAGAUUUGUUAGUCACGUACGAGCAACUGUUGGGCCGCAAUUUUUCUUCGUUGCGGAGUACUGGAGCGGCGAUGUCAGGGUUCUUAUGCACUAUCUACAAAAGAUGGAUUACCAACUGUCGCUAUUUGACGCUCCCCUAGUUGGGCGUUUCUCACGGAUCUCGCGUACUGGAGGGGCAGAUCUUCGCAAGAUCUUCGACGAUACGCUACUUGAGAGAAGUCCUGCACACGCAGUUACUCUGGUUAUGAAUCAUGAUACACAACCAGGCCAGUCCCUAGAGGCACCAAUUGCAUCGUUCUUUAAGCCCUUCGCGUAUGCCUUGAUCCUACUCCGAGACAAGGGACAGCCAUGUAUAUUUUAUGGAGAUCUUUACGGGAUCAGACGCGGCGUCAAAAACCCAAUGACCCCUUCCUGUGGCGGGAAACUUCCCGUUCUUGCACGGGCUCGAAAGCUUUACGCUUACGGCGAACAGUGUGAUUAUUUUGAUCAGGCGAAUUGCAUAGGAUUCGUGCGCUAUGGCAAUCUACGCCACCCGUCUGGCUUAGCGUGCAUCAUGAGCAAUACGGGUGCAUCCCAGAAACGUAUGUACGUCGGACGAAACCACGCCAAGGAGCAAUGGACCGAUAUAUUGGGGUGGCACCCAGAGACGGUUACUAUUGACAAAAAGGGUUACGGAAUCUUCCCUGUUUUUGCAAUGCAGGUGGGCGUCUGGGUCAACUCUACCGCAGAAGGCAGGGAAAGUCUUGAACAGUCUUUUGAGGAGGAAGUCUACGGGAAGUAG